GCAGCUCUUCCGCUUCGUCUCCUCACUCUCUGUUUAGCUACCGAGAACCCGCAAGAGAAACGCCCAGAAAAUGGCACAGACGCUGGCGAUGCCCGUAGCACCAUCGCUGUCCAUUAUCUGCAACGGACGAAAAACUAAUUCUCUCUCCAACACGCUAUCUCUACCAGUUUCUAACCCCUGUAAGAAUCGGAGCCUAAGUAUCCAAUGUGCUCGUGUUGGGGGUGUGGAAAUUCCCAACAACAAACGGAUUGAGUUCUCUCUUCAGUACAUCCACGGAGUUGGCCGCUCCAGAGCUCGCCAAAUACUGUCUGAUCUGCAGAUGGAUAACAAACUCACCAAGGACUUCUCUGAGGAAGAGCUCAUCACUAUUCGUGAUGAGGUCUCCAAGUAUAUGAUCGAAGGCGAUUUGAGACGGUUCAAUGCUUUGGCUAUCAGGAGACUGAAGGAGAUACAAUGCUACAGAGGCAUCAGGCACAUCCAGGGAUUGCCGUGCAGAGGGCAGCACACCAAGAACAACUGCCGAACUCUGAAGGGUAAGAGAGUUGCAAUAGCAGGAAAGAAGAAAGCCCCUCGCUAACCAAAUGGGUUGUUUUUUCUUCGUGUAAAAUGUGACCUUUGCAUUGUUUUUGGUCUGAUAUUUCUUUUUUGAUACAAAUUCAGUCAUCUUUAAUUGAUCAAAUUCAAGUUUACGAUUCAUAUGCAUGGUUAUGACUUUCCAGUGUAAGAUAAUUCAUUGUAGCCUUUGUUUUGGGAGUGCACUUGAGCAUUUCUCGGUACUAUUGUUUGAUGGUUGA